AUGAGUACUAGCAACCUCGUGUAUUCUCUUGACCGAGAAAUCGCUACUUUCUUUGAACAAACAACAGCGACUCGCUCAGCGUGUGAUGCCUUUGCAAGAGACCUUGAUGGUGGUGGUGUUGCUGUUCCGGUGGAAGUGCAAGGUGUGUGCAGCUAUACUGUCUACGCCGGACAAAAUUCCGAGCUAGUAGCUCAAUUUCGCCUUGAGCCUUUCAAGCUGAAUAUGGAGAUCAUGAUCCUGGCUCGAAAUAUCUACGGUCAUUUUGCACCACAUGUCUCCUUCCAUGGGCAGAUUGGUGAAGAUAGUAAGGACAAAAAACCCCUUUACAUCUACGUCAUGAACCGAAUACCUGGUAUUUCUUACUUGGACUUUACUCUGGCGCAUAACAGUCAUGUACCUCAAAACUCGCCUGAGUUUUCGUCAUGGCGCAGGAAUUUGGUAGCUGAUGUUGCAAGAUUUUUUGCUCUUUCAUGGAAAGCCCCUCAGGAUGUUGAUCAAACGUAUCGUGACAAGUUGCGCCAUCAGUAUACCAAGGACCUGGAACUAUUACUCUCUUCUCUCCCCAGCCGCUUUCACUCUUUGAUCCAGAGUGUACUUGGAUCAUUACCAGCCAUCAUGGCUCUUCCCAUGGUUCUACUCCAUAAAGAUUUUGGCGUCUGCAAUAUUAUAGUGGAUGAGGUGUCCUGCAAUCUAGUUGGAGUGGUGGAUUGGGCUGAAGCUGAGAUUGCGCCAUUUGGCUUAAACCUCCAUUCGCACCAGCGACUGAUUAGCGAAAUCAACCUCAAAACUGGUUGGAUUAGAUACGAUGACUACGCUAUGUUAGAAGACGUGUUCUGGAGCACGUUUAGCCAGGAAGCUGGAGGAUUGGACAGUGACACGGUUAGGGUAGUUAAAGUAGCAAGGAUUUUGGGUUUGCUACUGUCGUGCGGCUUCACGAGUCGCCUUCCAAAUGCACCGGAGCCGGUACCCAUCCAAGAUGAUGAAAAAGGAGCAUAUAAUAUGCGCGACCUGGAUGGGCUGUUGAUUAAUCCAGCUACAAGGUUUAUAGACUUGACAUAG